AUGCUGAUCGGUGUCCCAGGAUUCAUUGGCUUCUGGGGCUACUGCGCCGUGCUUGAGGUGGGAAAUUCGGAAAAAAUAGAUGCGUUACAAUAUAUUUUGGACGAUGAGAAGGCACGCAACUGUGGAGUGUUGCGCAGUACCUUGGUAUUCGUGAAAAAUAAAAGAAUGGCUGACGUUAUAGCCAUUUAUUGCGCACAAAGAGAAUUUCCUUCAAUAAGCAUUCACGGGUUAUUUUUAACUCAUGUUCAUCUUGUUCGGUCGCCAACUUUUGUCGAGGUAUUUUCAAAUUUCAGCGAUCGAAAUGCAAAGCAACGUAAGGAAGCGCUUGAAGAAUUUCGGAGCGGUGCUGUUUGCUUGCUCGCCGCUACCGAUAUGUCUGAUCCUGAGUUUCAGAUGCUGAGUCCUGACCAUAUUCGGUCAUUUUCGCAAAUUUUGCAAGUUGCAGUUGAUACUGCCAAAUACUCAUCAAUCACAGUGGCUUAUGUGGCCUGUUGGCCUUCUGCAUCCGACAGAGUGUGCAGCGUUGAUUCUAUCUGUCAGCUGACAGAUGCUUUUAGCAAAAUUGGCUCGAAUGAGGCAGUAAACGGACGCUUCGAUUUGCUUGAGCUGGCCAGCGCAAAGAAUGAGCUUCAGCUCGCUUACCACACACUGGUGAUUAAUUACGAUAUGCCGUCACAUCUGCAACCCUAUACGCAGCGCAUACGGUUCGCGCGCAGUAAAGUCACGUCCUUCGUUAAUCCGAAGACUGACAAAGUUUUAGCGAACGAAAUUGUCACGGUGGCCGAGUAUACACAGAUCCCGCUUCCGCCAUUCAUGUUUAGAAUGGCGAUGGAAGUACGCGAUGCAGAAGCGGCAAUAACCAUGUUCAACGGAUCCGCAACCACGAGCAGACCAGAACGGUAUGGUGAUCACAAUCGAACCCAAGCACCCGCAACGCGUGAUGGCACACUAGCUACGAGUUUGUUUUUAAAUGCUGCUUGA